CAACUGUCAUCAUGCUACCAACAUGGGAAAUUGAAUCAAAUCCUUGGCCUCUUCCGGGCUCGGCGUUAAACUGCCAUAAUUCGCUAUAUAAGAUGACCACAUCUACCCUACCCAUCAUGUAGUCCGACUUCGCACAUACAUAAGAAUCCCCCUUAGGUUUGGUGGGCUCCCCCUUCGCCGUCCCCACCAUGCGACAACUACCUCUCUGGGUUGCUCUCGGCACCAUGGCCAGCGAGGUAUUCACACGGCCAACCAACAGCACCUCGUCCGACAACGUCAAAAUCCACUGGGUCGGCGAUACUCCGGCCUAUCAAGCCGGAACAACAUUCGGUCUCCCAUGGCCGCAAGGAAAGUACCGGUUCAACGGGACCCAAUUCACGAUCUCCGGAGCAUCAAAGGAACAAAUUCCGCUUCAGUCCUGGGUAACCGGAUACUGGCGUGAUGGGUCAAUCAAAUGGACUGGGCACGCUAUCCCACCGCUUGACACCAUUGAUAGCGAAUAUUGCGUCAGCGCAGCAUCGGCAUCUCCCCGCCGACCACCGUCUAACCGUUCCGACGGAUCUCCGGGAUUGAAGGUGGCCAACGGGGCCAAUGGCGUCACAAUUGACACCGGUAAAUUAACGGUGUCGUUCCCUAAGUCGGGCAAUAGCGUUGUGGGUUCCAUCACGACAUCGAGUGGGAAGGUCGUGGCCGAGAAUGGAAAGCUCGUGCUCCAUACCCAGUCCGGUGUUGCGGAGGAUGUUGCCGCUCGGGCAAAUACCUCGAUCAACUACUUUAAUUUCCAAAGUAAUGUGGAGGAGGUUGUGGUCAGCAAUGAGACUUCUGUUCGGGCUUUGGUUACCGUGAGGGGAAAGCAUCAGGUUACUGGUGAUGGCGAUCAUGAAGAUUGGCUACCCUUUGUACUGCGGUUUUAUUUGUACACCAACUCGGACUCUAUUAGGGUGGUUCAUAGUACUGUCUUCGAUGGGAAGCCGGAGGAAGACUUCGUCACUGGUCUUGGCCUCCAGUUUGAAGUUCCCCUGGCAGGCGAAGAGUUGUAUAACCGUCACAUCCGACUCCCCGGAGUGGAUGGUGGUUAUCUUCAUGAAGCCGUUCAGGGAAUUACUGGUUUGCGUCGCGACCCAGGCGUGGAAGUCCGAUCAGCGCAGUAUGAAGGCAAAGCUACCCCCAACAGAACCAAGCCUGGCCACGCUUGGGUCAAUAUCCCGGCUGGCACAAGAUCUUCAGGGCUCGCCUAUCUUGGCGGUGCGACGCAAGGCGGAUUCGCAGUUGGCUUGCGUGACUUCUGGAAGAGGUAUCCCACAGGGUUGGAUAUUUCCGAUGCGGGCGCCGAUAAAGGCAAAAUCAUGCUUUGGUUGUAUAGCCCUGAAGCCGCACCGUUGGAUCUCCGGCCUUUCCACGAUGGAUUGGGACAGGAUACAUACAAGAAGCAAUUGGAUGCGCUCGAGAUUACUUACGAGGAUUAUGAACCUGGUUUCAAUAAGCCAUAUGGUAUUGCGAGGACAAGCGAGAUCUUCUUGCACACGUUCGAUGCCACUCCCGCGAGCGAUGACUUGGCUAGUUUGAGCAGGUAUAUCAAUGAACCUCCCGUUCUGGUCCCAGAGCCUGAAUAUAUCAAAGAGACUAAGGCAGCCGGCUCUUACUGGGGACUCCCGGACACAUCUAGCGAAAAGUCCAGGACGAUCGAAAAGAACCUCGACUAUCUAGUCAAGUUCUAUCAGGGACAGGUUGAAGACCAUCGUUGGUAUGGCUUCUUAGACUACGGUGACAUCAUGCAUACCUACGAUGAAGACAGACACACUUGGCGAUAUGAUAUUGGCGGAUACGCAUGGGACAACUCUGAGCUGUCGCCGGAUCUUUUCUUCUGGCAGUACUUCCUCAGAACCGGUAGAGCGGAUGUUUAUCGGUUCGCAGAGGCACUGACGCGUCAUACUGGAGAGGUAGAUGUCUAUCAUAUUGGCGAGUGGAAGGGUCUUGGAACUCGCCAUGGUGUUCAGCACUUCGGCGAUAGCGCGAAGCAAGUCCGUAUCGCCCAACCUCUGUAUCGGAAAUACUUCUUCUACCUAUCUGGUGGCGAUGAACGAGUGGGCGAGCUCUUAGAGGAAGCACUUGACACCGACAAAACUUACGGACUACUAGAUCCUCAACGGAAGGUCCGGACCGAUGGCUGGACACCAGAGCCUGGCAAACCUGUUGCAUUUUCCCUUGGAACGGAUUGGGCUGGUCUGGCCGGUGGCUGGUUAAUUGAGUGGGAGCGACGGGGCCCUCGUUGGGAGGAAGCGAAGCAAAAGCUGACUGGUACAGCGAAAGGAAUCGCCAGCUUGAAGAACGGCUUUGUGACCGGAGACGGCUUAUACGCUAUCACCAAUGGCACGUUGCUCCCACCGCCAAGUGACCCCAACAACAAGGGUCGUGUGUCCAUUUCCCAUUUGAACGCUGUGUUCGGGCUCCCGGAGGUUGUUUCAGAGUUGCUCGAAUACUGGGGCGAUGAUGCUCCGGAGGGUCUGGAAAGCGCAUGGCUAGACUACUGCUAUUACUAUGGAGCAACUAAUGAGGAGCAGAAGGCACGUUACGGUGAAGCCUUUAGCAAGAUCAGUCUGGUACAGGGUCACUCACGUUUGACGGCGUUUUAUGCAAAGCACAGCAACAAUGAGACCGUGGCUGAACGAGCAUGGAAAGAGUUUUACGUUAAUAAGGAUGGCUUCACUGCUGAUCAGCCCUGGGCUUCAGAACAUGUGAAUGGAAGUGCUGCGCUGGCCCCAGUGGAUGAGGCUAGUUGGAUAUCAACAAAUGCCGUUGCGCAGUAUGGGUUGGCUGCUAUUCAGGACUUGGCACUAGCUGGAGAGGGUCUCACGAAGUCCCCAUAUCCCACGUCGUAGGAAGAAAAAACAUUAAAACUAGCAUAUGCUAGCCAGUCUAG